AUGCUAGGAAAUUCUUAUCCUAGUGCUGGAGGUCCACUUUCCCAAAGCCAUGUUCAAGCAGUAGGUAACUUGAACUCGAUGGGAAUGUUGAAUGAUGUGAAUACCAAUGACAGUUCACCUUUUGACAUCAAUGACUUUCCUCAGCUGACAAGUCGUCCGAGUUCUGCUGGAGGACCUCAAGGACAGUUGGGUUCUUUACGAAAACAGGGGCUUGGUGUCAGUCCCAUUGUUCAACAAAACCAAGAGUUUAGCAUUCAGAAUGAAGAUUUUCCAGCUUUACCAGGAUUCAAAGGCGGUAAUGCAGAUUAUGCUAUGGAUAUGCACCAGAAAGAACAACUCCAUGACAAUGCUGUACCUAUGAUGCAAUCCCAGCACUUCACCAUGGGAAGGUCAGCUGGUUUCAGCUUAGGGGGUACAUAUUCGUCACAUCGAGCACAACAGCAACAGCAUGCACCUACGGUCAGUAGUGGCAAUGUCUCUUUUUCAUCUGUUAACAACCAGGAUCUUCUCCAUCUGCAUGGAUCAGAUAUUUUCCCAUCUUCACAUUCAACCUAUCAUUCACAGACCAGUGGACCUCCUGGUAUUGGAUUAAGGCCUUUAAAUUCUCCAAAUACAGUUUCUGGUAUGGGUUCAUACGACCAGCUUAUCCAACAAUAUCAACAGCAUCAGAACCAGUCUCAAUUUCGCCUUCAAAUGUCAGCUGUAAAUCAAUCUUUUAGGGAUCAGGGCAUGAAGUCUAUUCAAACCACACAAUCUGCACCAGAUCCAUUUGGUCUGCUUGGCUUGUUAAGUGUGAUCAGGAUGAGUGAUCCUGACCUGACAUCUCUUGCUCUUGGAAUUGAUCUUACUACACUGGGAUUAAAUUUGAAUUCAUCCGAAAAUCUUCAUAAGACCUUUGGUUCUCCCUGGUCUGAUGAACCAGCUAAGGGUGAUCCAGAGUUUAAUGUGCCACAAUGUUAUUAUGCCAAACAGCCACCUGCUCUACAUCAAGGUUACUUUUCAAAGUUUUCGGUGGAAACAUUGUUUUACAUAUUUUACAGCAUGCCCAAAGAUGAAGCACAGUUAUAUGCCUCCAAUGAGCUUUACAACAGAGGUUGGUUUUAUCACAAAGAACAUCGUUUGUGGUUUAUAAGAGUUCCCAACAUGGAGCCGCUGGUUAAAACAAACACAUACGAGAGAGGAUCUUAUCACUGUUUCGAACCAAGCAUAUUUGAAACCGUCCGCAAGGAUAAUUUUGUUCUGCAUUAUGAAAUGUUGGAAAAGAGACCACAUCUGCCUCAACAUUGA